AUGUCGCAAAUUUUUGAGUCAACGAGGAAUUACCUCAAGACAUCAACUAAAUUGGGGCGUCGUAUGAGCAGCUAUAGAGAUGAGACUAGUGGAAGCGAGACAAGCCUGCACAACAACAACAAUUCCUUACAAGAUUAUAAAUCAGCUGCCAUAAUAACUGAAUCACAACCAAAGGAUAGUACCCUCUCCCGUCAAAACUCGCCCAAAAAACGCCUCUCGGAUCUUUUCAGUCUAGACGACCGCAGCAAAAAUAAUAAGUUGUCACAGGAUCAAUCAAACAAUGAUAUAAAAGGACGGCGCAGGGACAGUAAAAGCAGUGACAGAACUCUCAGAAGCAAAAAAAGCCAUCAAAGCAACUCUGGCGAAAUAUUAUUUGACCGUCAUCAUGGCCGUGAUCGUGAUCGUGAUCGUGAUAGAGCAUCGGAUCACAUGGAGGAAGAAGUCCCUCGGGCACAAUCUCCAACGAUCUCAAUGUCCAACACGAUCAGUACGGCUACAUCAAGCUAUGAUAUGCGCCCAACUGACUAUCCUAGUAUCGGACACUAUCAGGCACAUGUCUGGAGGCGCAACUUGCUGGAAGAAAGUAUCAUGUAUUCUCUUCGACUUGGCUACACUGAUCGCCAACAUCGAUCGUCGUCGCGCCAACGCCAUCACUACAGACGCGAUUCCAAGAGAGAUUCACCCCGUUCCCGCAAAGCUCGUGAGCAGGCCAUUCUAGCUGCUGCAACAGGGAAAGAAAUCUCUUCAUUGCCAUUAUCAACGAUCGAGGAUGAUGAUACGGCGUCACAAGAGAACAUUGUUGACAGAAGCCUCAAGGUGAUCAAUGACGACAACCGGAUUCAACCCAGCACUGUUACAGGACAGCAGCAAUACCUGCAUCCACAGUUUCGACACGUGAAAAAUAGUCCUUACCAACUCGAUUACAAUUUUUCCAUGACCAAUAUUACUCAAUCUAUGGCCAGCUUCACAUUGGAGGUAGACGAUCAUCAUGCAGCUCGUAUCAUGCGUUCAUCUGCUAUUCCCGAUUUAUUCAAAAUCAAGGCAACCAUCCCAGGAACGAUGCCAACGACAGAACGAUCUAGAAGCAGGCACAAUUCAAAAACGUCCCUCUUAGGAAGCGGUGUUUCACCCUCUCCACGAGUCCUGACAGGCAAAAAAGCGCCUGUGACAGUUCAGCCCAUUCAUAUAGUGUUGCCGAAUAUGCAAGAUGUGGAUGAGGAAGAAGAGAAUGUAGAAUCACCAUUGACGCCGAGUUCAGCUGCAUGGGCCGAUUCUGUGUUUGAAUCACUGGACCAAGUGGCUGGAAAACAAGCUGAAGGGAUGACUAAAAAUCAAUUGAAGGCGUUGGAAGUUGCUCCUGCAGCAUCGGUAUGA